AUGCCAGAAGUAAACCACGACAGUCAGACAAUGCCAGAAGUAAACCACGACAGUCAGACAAUGCCAGAAGUAAACCACGACAGUCAGACAAUGCCAGAAGUAAACCACGACAGUCAGACAAUGCCAGAAUCAGACAAUGCCAGAAGUAAACCACGACAGUCAGACAAUGCCAGAAGUAAACCACGACAGUCAGACAAUGCCAGAAGUAAACCACGACAGUCAGACAAUGCCAGAAGUAAACCACGACAGUCAGACAAUGCCAGAAGUAACCACGACAGUCAGACAAUGCCAGAAGUAAACCACGACAGUCAGACAAUGCCAGAAGUAAACCACGACAGUCAGACAAUGCCAGAAGUAAACCACGACAGUCAGACAAUGCCAGAAGUAACCACGACAGUCAGACAAUGCCAGAAGUAA